AGAAGUGAGCUAGCCGAGAAGAUCGGGGCAGCCGGACGUAGGACAAGCGAGAGAUCCAGCCAGAGGACGCGGCCGCCCGGUGAUCCACAGCGCGCGAUCACCCUGACAUGAAAGGAAAUAAAGCCGGUCGACCAACGGCAGAGGACGGGGAGCUAGAGGACGGAGAGAUCUGUGAUGACGAAACCGAGGAGAGGGCUCCACCGCGGCGGGGGGAGGGGCGUAGGCCCCGCGGCGGCGCCAGGCCGCGGCCGAGAAAACAGCACCAAUCACCGCACGGCAUGCGGCCUCUACUGGGUCCACCACAGCAGAACUUUAGGCUCAUGAUGCCCUACAACCCCGGGCCUCACCUCCACGGGCCGUUCCCCCCCAACCUGAGGCAGCCUGACCGGCCUCCUGCCCCGCCGCCUCCCGGGAUGCCGCCGCUGCCGCCGCCGCCCGGACUCGGGCUGCACGGAGAGACCAACAACCGGUCCAACUUCUGGGAGCGGAGCCACGGAGCCCUCGGGAGGUUUCGGCAUCGGGUGUUGCCGAACGGAGGCCGGGGGUCCUGGAACCGAGGCAGAGGUGUUGGGGGGAACAGCAGAGGCGGGCAUGGGAGACCCGGACCCGUGGACCUCCACGGAUCCCCCUCCAGAAAGCAGAAGCCGGGGCCCAGGGUCCGGGUCAGGAAGGUGGGCUCCAACAUCAACAGACCCGACCCCAGCAUGGACGAGAGCUUCGAGGACCUGCUGUCCAAGUACAAGCAGAUCCAGCUGGAGCUCGAUUGCAUCCGCAAAGCCGAGACCAUGGCGCUGGAGCCGGCCGCGGAGGACGCCGACGCCGCCGCCGCCGCCGCUCCUCCGGCGGACGCCGCACUGGUACCAGAACCAACACCAGAACUGCCUUUGGGUCCAGUGGGAGCAGAGCAGCUGGAGCAGGACGAGAAGAAAGUUUUCCAGGCGUUCAACAUCAAACCGCUUCGGCAUAAACUUCCCACGCCCGCGGAGCUGGACGAGCUGCGGUGCAGGCUGGAGGCGGAGGACGGAGGAGGCGGCGCUGAUGGUGCCGAAGCAGGAAGCUCGGAGGCCGCAGAACCUGAAGGAAAUGCGGCUGCAGCUGUGGAGAAGCGGAGCGUGACCUGUGGCGAGGAAACCAGUCAAGAGGAGAAGCGGAGCGCCCAGGAUGUCGGCUUGUGUCGCAGCGAAUCGUCGGCCUCCAGCGAGGAGUCCAUCGUGUCGUGUGACAAGCCCGUGGAGAAGAUGGAGGAGGAAGAGCUGUCAGAGCUGCAGCUCCGCCUCCUGGCGCUGCAGUCGGCCAGUAAGAAGUGGCAGCAGCAGGAGCAGCAGGUGAUGAGGAAGAGCAAAGACCGGAUCGUUAAAGCCUCCCAGGAGAAGAACUCUCUUCCUGGUCCCGGGGCAACUCCGCCUGACCGGCAACGGGUCACGACCAGGUCCGCCUCUUCUGCAGCUGCCGCCGCCGCCGCCGCAGCAGAGCAGAACAGGAGCAGGUCCACGCUGUCAGACAGGGAUAAAAACAAGAGCGGGCCCCGGCCGGCCGACAGAGACCGACUCAAACAGAGUCCGAAACCCGGCCCCAGAGUCCCGGCUGACAGGAGCCGAACUCCGGGAAAAGCUCAUGGCACAAAGAGGCUGAUCAGUCCAGGCUCCACCGCCAAGCAGGCGGCCAGGAAACAGCAGCUCCGCACCUGGAAGCUGCAGCAGCAGCGGAAGCAGGACGAGACUCGGCGGCAGGAGGAGGACGAUCGGCGGAAACGUGAGGAGGAGAUCCGCCGCAUCCGGGACCUGUCCAACCAGGACGAGCAGUACAACCGCUUCAUGAAGCUGGUGGGGGGGAAGCGGACGCGCAGCAGGUCCAGAGACCAGGACCACAGGAAAUGUGCCGGAAAGCCCGGUCUGGACACCUCGGGGAACCUCUACCAGUACGACAACUACGACGAGGUUGCAAUGGACACGGACAGUGAGACCAGCUCGCCAGUGCCGUCGCCACUGCACAGCCUGCUGCCUGCAGAUGAGACGGCGUGCUUUCCUCCCCUGGGCCUCUAUGUGGCUGAGGGCUACGGAAUGGAUUUGCAGCAGUCCUUCCUCUCCCCCAUCCUGUCAGGUAUUCCUCCCCCACCUCCCCCUCUCCCGCCACCUCCGGAUGAAUUGGAGCCUCCCCCCAAGCCUCCGUUUGCUGACGAAGAGGAGGAGGAAGAGAUGCUGCUCAGGGAAACGUGUCUUAUGUCCAUGGCCAACAAGAGGGUGGCAGUAGCCGAGAAGAGCUCCAGCGGUCCUCCAUCUCCGGGCUGUCCGCCUCCUGCAGAGGUCCCGCCGCCCCCCAGAGGCAACCUGAGCACGGUCAGCCUGAAUAUGGUGCCCCCGUCUCGGAACAGCAGGUUCAGAGGAGCGCAUCCUGCCGUCAGAGGUCCACUGGUGCUACCCAGGCACAAGUCCGUGGUGGUUUCCCUCAAAGAUUCAGACGACAGCGACUCAGACAUGGACGCCUGCAGCUCCUCCCAGGCCGUCUUCGGCGGUCUGGAGUUCAUGAUCAAAGAAGUGCGAAGGACCGUGGAGGCGACGAAGCCGAAAGCAGCCUCCGCGUCUGAGAAGGAGAACAACCCGGUCAGGACCCUGGAAACUCUCUCCGAAGCCAAGAAGGCGGAGUACCGUCUGCUCAAAGAGGAGAUUGCCAGCAGGGAGAAGCAGAGGAUGCUGAAGGAUCUGGACUCACCGGCCGCCGCCGCUGAACCUGCUCUGGAGUCCUCCUCGAAACCGGCCGCCGAGCUCAGGCUGAACGAGGUGGAGCUGCGACUCGACAAGCACAGAGAGCUGCUUCAGAGGGACGAGGCCGUCCUCAGACACCUGCUCCAGCAGGAGCUGAAGAAGACGGAGACCCUCAGGGCGGCCGAGGCCAAGGUGGUCAAACUGAGAGAGCAGCUGCAGGCGUCGGAGAAGAUCGUGGCGGCGAACCGGACCCUGCUGAGGAAGCUGCAGGAGCAGGUGCAGCGUGUCGAAAAGCGCGUGUCCCUGAAGAAGACGGUGGCGGUCCGACUGGAGCAAGAGCUGAUGCAGGCUCAGCUGGCUGCCGGCAGAGGACCCAAACGCCCCUCAGAGUCCAGCCAGACGCCGCCCAGUAAGCUGCAGCGCCUGGACGCGGCUCCCCGCGGCUCCGAGGGACACUUCGCUGAGCUCAUCGCUCAGAAACGCCGACUGCAGCAGCUGGAGUCCGAGUACGCCCUCAAGAUCCAGAAGCUGAAGGAGGCUCAGGCCCGGCGCAACAAAGCGGUCCCGGCAGAACCGCCGGCCCCUGCUGCCCCACCUCCACCUGCAGCUCAGAGCCAACAGCUCCCUCCCUCCAGCCCCUUCCACCUGCCCCAGCCCUCGCUGCACGACCUGUCCCAGGACAAGCUGGUUCUGGACAGCGAGGACGUCCCUGAGUCCGAGGACCCGGAAUCGGAGCUCGCCCCGGCCGCGGUCAAAGGCAGCCGCCGCGCCUCCCUCAGGAAAUCCAGCAGCUCCUUCACCAAACCCCACCUGGACACUCCAAGCCCCGCCCCCGCUAAAGACGCCGGCGGCGGCGGCUCCUCCAAGCCAGCCAAGAUGGCGUCCAGCUCGGAGCUCCCUGCAGAGAUGUUUGCAGGUCUGGACGUGGACGGCCUAAAGAGGCGGUACCAGCAGCAGGCCCGGCUGGAGGAGCUGCUGCAGAGGGAUCUGCAUAACCUGAAGGAGGACAUGACUGACCAUCCCAAUGCACAGGUGAUCCCGGUGGAGCUGGAGGCUGGGAGUCAGCCGGUGGUGUCGGAGCUGAAGCCCGUCUCCUUUGAGCCGUAUCACAGCCCGCUUCUAGUCUUCAGGUCGUACAGGUUCAGUCCGUACUACAGGACCAAGGAGAAGUUUUCUCUGAGCUCCGUCACCUACAGCAAUGCCAUCGAGCCAAACAAGUGCUUCUGCCGCUUCGACCUGACCGGAACCUGCAACGACGACGGCUGCAGAUGGCAGCACAUGAGGAACUGCACGCUGACCGGGAACCAGCUCUUCCAGGACAUCCUGUCCUAUAAUCUGCCCAUGAUUGGCUGUUCGGAGAGCAGCUCGGACGAGGAGAUCCGCGCCGCCACAGAGAACUACAUGAAGAAGCUGUUUGGGCCAAACAAGGACCGAAUGGGGGUGGAUCAGAAGGCGGUCCUGCUCGUCAGUAAAGUCAAUGAGAGCAAGCGACACGUGCCGCCGUACACCACCUGCAAAGACACGAGGAGGUGGAAACCAAAGCCGUCGGCUCAGGGCUCUGCCGGCGCCGAGGACGACAGCGCCGACGAGGCAACGGCUGUUUAUCUGACGCCUGCAGGACGAGCUGUGUGUUCAGAUCGACUUGCAGAGGAAGGAGGGAGACCAGGAGGAAGGAGAAUUUUCCCCCGGGAUUCCAGGAAGCCGAUGGGAGCUGAGCGCUGCCUGGGUGUGAGCGAUGACUUCUCAAAGAGCGUCUCGCCUGCUGUGGACGUGGUCACCUCUGAGGACCGACGGUACUUCCUUAGCGAGACGGAUGACAUUUCCAACCUGGAGGCGAGCAUCCUGGAGAGCCCCAGAGACACUCAGCUAUGGAUCAAACUCGCCUUCAAGUACUUGAACCAAAGCGAGGCCUCUGCCGCAGAGAGUCUGGAAGCGGCUCUGAACACCCUGUCUCGAGCUCUGGAGAGCAACUGCGACGACCCCGAGGUGUGGAGCCACUACCUGUCUCUGUUCUCCAGACGAGGCAGCCAGGAGGAGGUGCGGGAGAUGUGCGAGAUGGCCGUGGAGCACGCACCCGACCACAGAGUCUGGUGGAAGUACCUGAACCUGGAGAGCUCGUUCGAGGGGAAGGACUACGUGUGCGACCGCCUGCUGCAGUUCCUCCAGAGCGAGGCGUCCACGGGCGUCACCGAGAAGCUGUCCUUCCAGCUGAUGGAGGCUUUGCUCUACAGAGUGCAGCUGAGUCUGUUCACGGGCCGGAUGGAGAGCGCUUUGGCCGUCUUACAGAUGGCCUUGAAGUCGGCUCGGGACCAAAGCGUCGCCGAGUUCCUGACGGCCGGCGACCGCGCGCUGCUGUGGCUCUCCUACAUUCACCUGACUGAGUUUGACCAGCUGCCGUCGAGCCUCUACGACCCGGCCGAGUCCGGCCCGGGGCGGCUGGUCUGCACCAAGUCCUUCCAGCUGCCCUGGAGGACGCAGCAGGACAUCAGCACGCCGCCCGACAUCCUGGUCGCUCUCUUCAAAGAUGCCAUCGGUCUCUGCAGCGAGGAAUCGGCGCCUGACGGUGAGAGGGUGCUGGCCUGCAUGCCGCUCUACACCAACCUCAUCCUGCUUUACAAAGUGCUGCAGAGGUACGACGAGGGCGUGGCCCUGUGCGUCUCCCUGCUGGAAUUUUGUCCCGACUCCUGCACGCUGCGCGACGCUCUGGCCGACCUCCACAUCAGCCGGGGAAACGGCGAGCAGGCCGUCAGCAUGUGGCUGAACGCCCUGGCCGACUGCCCGCACAACGCCCAGGUUUUCUACCACUGCUGCCGGUUCCUCAUGGCUCAGGACAAGCUGAACGCCAUCCCUCCUCUGUUCCGAGGAUUCAUCCUGUCGCUCUGCGAGGACGAGCAGAGCCAGAAGACGCCCGUGGACGUCCUGCGUCACUUCCUGGGCUUCCCCACCGGGGAGCUGCUGAGCGGCCCCAUCAUCAGGAAGGAGCUGGAGGAGCAGCUCAGUCAGCAAACUACCUUCCUUCACCUGCUUCACUGUCGCUGGAUGUGGCUGCACGGCUCGGAGGGCGACGCCAUCGAGGCGUUUGAGCGAGCGCUGGGGUCGGUCCUGCAGCUGGAGGACCUUCACACGCUGUGGAUGGACUACCUGGAGUUCAGCCGCAGGCCGCAGACCCUCAGCGUCUCCAGGAAGCUGUUCCCGGAUCUGGUCCACCGAUGCCUCAGCACGCUUCCCUCGCGGCUGGAGCACCCCUUCAACCCCGCGCAGUUCUGGAGCUGCUACGACUUCCACAACAAGGUCGUGUCCCUCUACCUGAAAAGUGUUCCCCCAUCGCAGCGUGCUCUGGUCCUGGAGAGGCUGAGGAACGCCAUGCCAAGCAACACCGAGCUGGGCCUCAGGCUGUUGCAUCAGGAGUUUCUUGAGGGAAACAUGGAGCAGCUGAGGUUUCAGGCGCGCAUGCUGACCAGCAGCACUCCCAGAUGUUUGUCCAGCUGGAGAAUAGCGAUCGCUGUGGAGCGGGAGCUGAAGGAGCGUGGCCAGAUGCGUCUGCUGUAUCAGCAAGCUCUCCAAAACCUGCCGCUGUGCGCCGCCCUGUGGAAAGAUCGGUUGCUGUUCGAGGCGGCGGAGGGCGGAGCCUCUGACCGUCUGCGGCGGCUGGUGGACGGCUGUCAGCAGGCGGGGGUCAACUUGAGUAUCGGGGGGGUGGAUCAGUGAUCAGACUGAUAAGUAGAGCUGGUCAGUAGGUGACUGAUUGACGAGGUAAGGCCACGCCCCCAGCCUGCCACCCUACCUCAGUGAAUGUAAGUAUGAGCUGCUGCUGCUGCUGCUGAGUGACGCCUUUGCUCUUCAUCACCUUCUCUUUAGUUGCUCUCACCUUUCAGUUGGACUCAUUUCCCUCCCUUUUUUUUUUUUUAUUUCACCCACCUAAGAAGGGGUGGGGCAGCCCCACCCCCACCCUCUCCCCCACUCUUUGUUUACUUUGUUAGCGGACUUUUAUUUUGGUAACCUGACGAAAGACAAGUGUUCAGGCUAUUGAUCCAGUAUCUGUGCGGAGAUGGCCGCCUUGCCGAUGUAGUGUUUUCUGAUUGGCUGAGUAUUUUAAGAGACUGCCACGGAAACGAAGGUCGCCGCGGGAAGCCGCCGAGCUCAGCCCGGACUGCUCAUGUGCAAUCUGUCGUCCCGACACCUAAAGAGACAUUUGUGCUGCCACUGUUGUUUUCUACAUGUCGGAUGUGAUUAAAUUAUUUUUUUUAUAAAAAUGGAAA